AUGGUCUCCGUCUACACCGUCCUGUACGUUCUGUUGCUGUUCUCCGAGCUCAGCAGCCACUUGGUCACCGAAGCGAUGCCCGCCUAUAAAGUAGAAGACGGCGUAAACGAGCAAGACGGCCUCGGUUUGAUGGCGGGGGACGAGCCUAUGACCGAGCCUGCCGUGGUUCCUGCCGCGGUUCCUCCUGUGUACAGACGAAACCAUGUGACGGACAACAACGCGAGGGACGAAGACGGAAGCCCCAAAAUCUACAUCCUCUCAGACGGGAGGCUGAAAGGACACAGCACUCGCGGGCUGAACCCGGCCUUCGCUCGGAGCCUUCCUCUGCUCACAGAACGGAGUUUGAGCAACGCUCCCGCUGAGAACAGUUUGAGAAUCGAUCGCAGGAACACCGACCUCGACAUGCUGCGGUGUAUGAUAGGACGAGUGUACCGGCCAUGCUGGGAAGCAUAACUUCGACUUUUUGUCGUUUCUUCAACGUGCUGUACA